GCUGGUCCCGCUGGUCCUCCAACAUCAACCAAACAACUCCAGUACAUUCAACACCUGACCUUGCUUCUCGUUGGAAGCACCGGAAUCAUCCAGCCUUGUCCAAUCGUGAUUCGCCUAACAUGCGAACUCAAUCAUCGGCUCUUUCCUUCCUCUACUUGUGAAUAUCACCCUUAAAAAAACGGCCAUGGCUCAAGGGUCCCCUCAAUUGAUCCUGUUGUGUUGCGGCAAACGCAAAUCGGGCAAAGAUUAUUUGACCGAUUACCUCGAAUCCACUCUGCCCAAGGACCACACGGUUAUCUUGCGCCUUUCAGGUCCACUCAAAGAGUGUUAUGCCCGUGAUCACGGUCUGGAUUUUGAUCAAUUGCUCAGCGCUACCGAUUACAAGGAAAAGUACCGUUUGGACAUGAUUCAAUGGUCGGAGCGGAUCAGGCGUCAAGAUCAUGGAUACUUUUGUCGUGCGGCCAUUGACAAGUAUCAGGCGACAGGAUUCCCCUUGUGGAUUGUAUCAGAUUGUCGCCGAGCUACGGAUUUUCAGUUCUUCCAAGACAAAUACCCGGGCAAAUGUCGCACAAUCCGGAUACAGGCCUCAGAUACCAUUCGAGAAAGCCGGGGGUUUGUCUUUAAGGCCGGAGUAGAUGAUAAGGAGAGUGAAUGUGGCUUGGACGACCAGCCCAGUUUUGAUCAUGUCAUCCAAAAUGACGGGCUUGGGUCGGCCCAGGAGAUUUUGGCACCGGUGGUGGCGGAUAUCAAGAGUGCUUUGGGAUUUUGAGUUUGAAUUGAAAUAAACGACCGGAUAGGUAUUGAAGUUAUUUACUCCAUGGUGAUUGUUGGAUAUUUAUAUAUUUAUAGA